AAAAAUAAAAUAAAUAUUGUAGAAGGUAAAAAAGGACGUAUAUAACAGUUAAUAUUUUUUUUGUUUUGUUUAGAGAUUAAGUCGUAGAUACCGUAGUUUUAAUCAAUCGAUUCUAGGUAUAUUGUAAAUAUUGCAUUCUGUUUAUUUGCAUGGUAUGACACGGUAUAGAAAUGACCGGGAACGUUGGACUUAUAAAUUGUUUGAAAUCAUUGUCAAUGAAAUAAAUACACGAUUCAUUUGUCAAUGUAAUCAAAAUAUAAAUUAUUAAUGACUUCAGCAGAACACUUUAUUAGUUUAAUUACUGUGGCAAGUGCUAAAAAGUUAGCUACUGCACUUGUCUUGUGUUUUAUUCUCUAUCAUGGAUUAAUGCACCUUAUAUAUGGUAGUGAUUCUUGUAAGUGGUUAUUAACAGAAGGAAGGUAUAAAGGAGAUAAAGAAUGGCAACCGUAUGGCUGUAUGAUGCAUUACUAUACACAAACAGACAGUCGCAGAUGUUUAAGAUAUCUAGCUUUCAUGGGCCACCGUAACCAUUUUGCAUUUAUUGGAGAUAUUAGAGUCAGACAACUGUAUAGAUCUUUCAUAUCACAAUUUAUAGUUGAUGGGAAAGUGUCAGAUUUAACAGAAUUACCAGACAAUUCUGAUUUAAAUUUUAAUGAUGCACAACUUAGAUUAAAUGUACAAUUUUUAUGGAGGUCUCAAUUGGAUAAUUUUAUGAUAGGAGACCUUAGGAGCUGGAUGAAAACUGAUGCACCUAGCUUAAUUAUUUCAGGCUGUGGAGCAACAACAAUUCUUGCUAAUAAUAAUAGUGAUGCUCAAUUGUAUUCUGAGUAUAGCAUGGGAUUAGUGAGACUUGUACAACCGGUAGACUUCUUAGUUAAAAAAAAUACAAAAUAUUUAUGGAUGCUACAAGAUCCUGUAUUAAAAGAAAGACUGCCAGCUCAAUUAUCAGGCAUAGAUAACAGGCAGAUUAAUUUAUGUAAUAAAGCAGCAAUAAAGAUACUAUCUCAUAGUGAGGCUCAUAUAUGGGAAAGCAGUAAACUUGUUGGUGCAGGUGUGUUAGAACAAAGUCCAGAUGGAUAUUUAGCGAGUCCUUUGUCUUUAAGACACAAGGUUCAAAUAUUGUUGAAUACUUACUGCAAUGAUCAUAUGAAUUUUGAUGAUGGUAGUUGUUGCAGUUACCCAGAACCAGCUACAACAUUACAGCUAUUAAGCUUAUCUGCACUUGCUUUAUGUAUAGUAAUUGGUGGUGGAAUGUGGGUGUAUAGAAAAUUUUGUCAAUAUCGAACCGAAAUUUCUUACUCACAUGUUGCCACUGUUGAGGUGGAGAAUACUGAAGAAGCAAAUAAUUCUGAAACUACACAGAUCGAACAACCCAAAGUACAAGAUUUUUAUACAUUAAUGACAUCAUUGGCUCUUUUGUCAAUCAUCUUAUAUUACUUUUAUUUAUGCGAUAGAACAAAUUUCUUCAUGAAGGAGAAUAAAUACUACAGUGAAUUUAGUUUUUGGUUACCACUUGGAUAUAUAUUGGCACUUGGUUUAUUUUUUACUGAAGAUAGAGAAAGAGGACCAAGAACUUUAAAUCGAGAACAAACAGAUGAGUGGAGAGGAUUAAUGCAAGCUGUAGUGUUAAUCUAUCAUGUUACUGGGGCUAAGAACGUUUUGCCCAUUUAUAUGUACCUAAGAUUAAUUAAUUCUGCUUAUUUAUUUCUUUCUGGAUAUGGACAUUUUUGUUAUUUUUGGCAAACAGGCGAUGUUUCUUUAGUGAGAUUUGCACAAGUAAUGUUUAGACUAAACUUCUUAACAGUGUCUCUAUGCCUUUGUAUGAAUAGGCCAUAUCAGUUUUACCAUUUUGUUCCAUUAGUUUCAUUUUGGUUUUUAGUCAUUUAUUUCUUAGCAUGGCUACCACCAAGAAUAUAUUCUGGUAAUUUGAACGAAUAUGGACCCAGAGCUUUGCUUUAUCUCACAUUGAAACUUUUAGGUCUUGUAUCAAUGAUUACAAUACUGUACAUGUCAGAGGUAUUCUUUGAAAAAGUAUUUGUAACAAGGCCUUGGAAAGCAUUAUUUGUUACAACUGAUGACGAUAUACGGGAAUGGUGGUCACGUUGGAGGGUGGAUAGAUAUAGUGUGGCUUGGGGUGUAACUUUUGGGGCAGGUCUUGUAGUUUUGCAAAGGAUAGAUCACAUUCCAGGAACUGCAUUAUCUUCCUUGCUAGCGUUAAUUUCUCUAACCGCUUAUACUACUUUUACGAUAUUGUGUCAUUCAGUAUCUGAAUGUGAAGAAAUUCACUCAUAUAUUGCGUUUAUACCAAUUAUAGGAUAUAUAGCGCUUAGAAAUGCAUCAUUAGCAUUACGCGGCAAACACUCAGCUCUUUUGGCUGGUUUAGGUCGCAUUAGCUUAGAAACUCUAGUCGCACAAGGUCACAUUUGGUUGGCAGCAGAUUCACAUGGCGUAUUAGUUUUAUUGCCUAGGUUUCCAGUAUUAAAUCUGUUAGUCACAUCAUUCAUCUUUAUAUGUGCAAGUCAUGAAAUACAUAGAUUAACCCAGGUACUAGCACCAUAUGCAGUACCAAAUGAUUGGAGACUGGUGGCUCGUAACUUGUUAUUAUUUAUUGCGGUGCUUGUACCUAUUGGUAUUCAUGAUGGAAUGUUCUGAAAGGCAUUUUUAUACGAUUCACUGUAUGAAAGACAUUUUAUGUACAUGUAAAUAUAACUAUGUAGUAACUGUGUAAGUUCAUAACAUUUUAUCAUGAAAGCUUUGUGAAAGAGAAGAAUAUUUAAAGAAAUUGGUAUUUA